UAUUUCUAUCCUGAGAAUCUUAGACUUAGACUACCUAGUGGAGGGUCUGGACAAGGGCUUGGCACCAAACACAAUUCGUAGGCAGGUGGCCACCCUAUCCUCUAUCUUUACAUAUGGCAACUCUGAACCAUUAGCCAAACACCCGGCAGUACAGGUUUUCAUUAAGGGCACAACAAACAGCAGACCACCCGUGAUACACAGAUAUCCCUCCUAGGACCUGUCCAAGGUAGUGAUGAUGAUGAUGAUGAUGAUGAUGAUGAUAAAGUUGGAAGGGACCUUGGAGGUCAUCUAGUCCGACUCCCUGCUCAGGCAGGAAACCCUAUACUAUUUUGGACAAAUGGAUGUCCAGUUUCUUCUUAAAAACUUCCAGUGUUAGAGCAUUCACUGCUUCUGGAGGCAGCUUGUUCUACUGGCGACACUGGGGAAGAAAUCUUGCUUGUAUUUAGCUUAAGUUCUGUUGAUGAAUUGUCUCUUUCAGGAUCAUCUUUCCCGUCCCUAUCAGCCCAGAUCAGAUUGACAGGGCGAUAGACCAGGCAGCAGGGACAGAUUUAGGCAGCAAUUCCAGUCAAAGCGGCCUUUUCGCGGAGGGGGGCCUGCCCCUUUCACAAAUCCAAGUGACGGCGGGGAGGACUCCUGCAUUGGUCCUGCAAGCCAUUACCUCACCCCCAUUUGAACCUGUCAGGACAUGCACAUUACAAUUUUUGACCCUUAAGAUCGCAUUCCUGAUUGCAGUCACCUCAGCUAGGCGCAUUUCAGAGUUGGCAACACUAUCAGUUAGAGAGGAUCUCUGUACCUUCCACACGGACAGGGUGGUCCUACAAUUAGACCCCUCCUUCAUUCCCAAGAUUAACUCCCUGUUUCACAGAACACAGGAGGUGGUGCUACCAGAUUUUUGCCCUCAGUCCUCCCAUGAAUUGGAGCACAAAUGGCACACCUUAGACGUUCAGAGGGCCUUAAGGCAAUACAUUAAGCGAAUGGCACCCUUCCAUAAGUCGGAGGCCCUGUUUGUUUCCUUCCACUCACACUCAAGGGGUCAAAAGGUCACAGCUUCCACAAUCUGUAGAUGGAUCAGGAAGUGCAUAGCAGUUGCGUACCAGGGACAGUCGCUAGUAGCCCCCAGACAAAUCACCGCACACUCCACUCACAGCACUGCCACCUCAGCAGCGUGGGCGACUCAGGCACCGAUUGAGGAAAUAUGUAGGGCGGCGACAUGGGCGUUGCCUUCCCCCUUCAUAAGACACUACAAGUUAGAUAGGUUUGCAUCUGCGGAGGCCUCAUUUGGCAGGACGGUCCUCCAGUGCGUAGUACCAGAAAGUGGGACACAGGCCCAGACUGCUCCCCACCCACAGGGACAGUGAGGCUUUGGUAUGUCCCAUUGGUGGAUUCUCCACUCGUCAUGCUGGAGAAGGGGCCUUGUCUUACCUGAACACCUUUUCUCAGCAUGACGAUGGAAAAUCUACUCCCACCCUUAGGGCCAGUCAGGUCCGGUACAGGGAAGAGGAUUGAGCCAACAAACAAAAUCUUAGUCAGCAACUUCGCCUCAGUCGAGAAAUGGGGAAUGGAGGUCCCAGGAAGAGGCAGAGCAAAAUUGGCUGACUUAAUUUAUGGGCAGAAGACAAGCAUAACCCAUUUGGUGGAUUCUCCAUCAUCAUGCUGAGAAAAGGCGUUCAGGAUGGUGAAGACUUAAUGGAUGAGAGUGUAUUGAAAUUCUACACUCAACAAUGGGAGGAUUAUCGAUUUUCAAGCAAAGUGCUGAAUGGGAUUUGUGCCUAUCUCAAUCGGCACUGGGUUCGUCGUGAAUGUGAUGAGGGCCGGAAGGGAAUAUAUGAAAUUUAUUCACUUGCACUGGUGACCUGGAGGGACUGUUUGUUCAGGCCACUAAAUAAGCAGGUUACAAAUGCUGUAUUGAAGCUGAUUGAAAAAGAAAGAAAUGGCGAAACUAUCAAUACAAGACUGAUCAGUGGAGUUGUGCAAUCUUAUGUGGAGCUGGGACUGAAUGAAGAUGAUACUUUUGCUAAGGGACCUACAUUGACUGUAUAUAAAGAGUCUUUUGAAUCUCAAUUUCUUGCUGACACAGAAAGAUUCUAUACAAGAGAGAGCACUGAAUUUUUGCAGCAAAAUCCAGUAACAGAAUACAUGAAAAAGGCAGAGGCUCGUCUUUUGGAGGAACAGCGUAGGGUUCAGGUAUACCUACAUGAGAGCACACAAGAUGAACUAGCACGGAAAUGUGAACAAGUACUAAUUGAAAAACACUUAGAAAUCUUUCAUACAGAAUUUCAGAACUUAUUGGAUGCUGACAAAAAUGAAGAUUUAGGACGCAUGUAUAACCUUGUGUCUAGAAUUCAGGAUGGCCUUGGAGAACUGAAAAAACUUUUGGAAACUCACAUUCAUAAUCAGGGUUUAGCUGCCAUUGAAAAAUGUGGAGAAGCUGCAUUAAAUGAUCCAAAAAUGUAUGUGCAAACAGUGUUGGAUGUUCAUAAGAAAUACAAUGCACUAGUCAUGUCGGCUUUCAACAAUGAUGCUGGCUUUGUUGCAGCUCUAGACAAGGCUUGUGGUCGCUUCAUAAAUAAUAAUGCAGUAACAAAAAUGGCACAAUCAUCUAGUAAAUCUCCAGAGUUGUUGGCACGGUAUUGUGAUUCUCUGCUAAAGAAAAGCUCAAAGAAUCCAGAGGAAGCUGAACUUGAAGAUACACUUAAUCAAGUGAUGGUGGUCUUCAAAUAUAUUGAAGACAAAGAUGUAUUUCAAAAAUUCUAUGCCAAAAUGCUGGCAAAGAGACUGGUACACCAGAACAGUGCUAGCGAUGAUGCUGAAGCAAGUAUGAUCUCCAAACUAAAGCAAGCUUGUGGCUUUGAGUAUACAUCCAAACUUCAAAGGAUGUUCCAAGAUAUAGGUGUAAGCAAAGACCUGAAUGAGCAGUUCAAAAAACACCUAUCCAAUUCAGAGCCAUUGGACUUGGACUUCAGCAUACAAGUACUAAGCUCCGGAUCUUGGCCCUUUCAAAUGUCUUGUGCAUUUGCUCUUCCAUCAGAGCUGGAGCGCAGUUAUCAGAGAUUUACUGCUUUCUAUGCAAGUCGUCACAGUGGAAGAAAAUUAACAUGGUUGUAUCAGCUAUCGAAAGGUGAACUAGUUACCAAUUGCUUCAAAAACCGAUAUACACUACAGGCAUCUACAUUUCAGAUGGCAAUCCUGCUGCAGUAUAACACAGAAGAUGCCUACACAGUCCAGCAGCUGACAGACAGUACUCAAAUAAAAAUGGAUAUUUUGGCACAAGUACUUCAGAUUUUGUUAAAGUCAAAAUUGUUGGUUUUAGAAGAUGAAAAUGCAAAUGUUGAUGAAGUGGAACUGAAACCAGAUACUUUAAUAAAAUUGUACCUUGGCUACAAAAACAAAAAAUUGCGAGUGAAUAUAAAUGUGCCAAUGAAGACUGAACAAAAGCAGGAACAGGAAACAACACACAAAAAUAUAGAGGAAGAUAGGAAACUCCUGAUCCAGGCUGCUAUUGUGAGGAUUAUGAAGAUGAGAAAAGUCCUUAAGCAUCAGCAGUUGCUUGGAGAAGUGCUUACCCAGCUGUCAUCAAGAUUCAAACCACGAGUCCCAGUAAUAAAGAAAUGCAUUGAUAUUCUAAUAGAAAAGGAAUACUUGGAACGGGUGGAUGGUGAAAAGGACACCUACAGUUAUUUGGCUUAACAGUUUGUAGCAGCUGUCUGUGUCAGUCUUAAAUUGUAACAAGUUUGAAAGAGAAUAAAACUUGUUGAUCUGCUGCUGUCUGGACCUCCAUUUUUAUAAUUAAGACCAGGACUACCAUCUGCCAGUCCUAGAAUUACAUCAGACCUGCUCAGGAUUGAUACAUUUCAAGUUUGUACAUAUGGACACCAAUGCCAUUUAAUCUAAUUUAAGAACAGAAUUGAAUCUGAAACCUUCCCCACUGGAGGUUGCAUGCUACUGCAUUUAAAUCAAUACAUUGACUAUACAAAGAAGAGCUGUUUCCCCAGACAGCACUUACACGCAUUGGCAGCACUUUGAGAGAAUCUGAUUUGGGCACAUGUGUAAUCUGCUAUGAAAAAUCAUUUGUAUAGUGUGCUUCAUUUUUUAAUGUGCGAUAAAUAAAAAAUAAAAAAUUUCUGUAUAA